AUGUUCUCGAGUAAAAUGAUAGCUCACGCUUGUUAUUACUGCGUUUCAUAUGCACAUUUGUUGGGACCAAAUUUGCGAUACCAACUUGGUGCUCAAAGAGAUACUUUCCAUUGGCCUGCAGAUGCGUCUUCGCCAACCUGCUCUAAUCCAUCACUGGCCAAGAAUUCUAAUCACUUUCAUGGGCAACUAUGCACCAAAUUCCCACUCUGCACGACGUUAUCGCUUAACAUCGCAAAUGUAAGUUUUGUCGUCCGUGGAUGUAUGGAGCAAAUACUUGUCACUAAAUUAAGGAUUAAUGCAAAGUUCCAAAAAAAUGGAUGUCAUAUAGUUCGUUCGAAGCGAUUUUAUUUGACGCUUGCUCCUUUGGAUUAUAUCAUUUGCGUUUGCUCUACUGAAUACUGUAAUUCUGAUGUGCAAAAUCCGUUCGUACACGCUAAUCAUUCUGAAUCUCAGUCUCUUAAUUUAGUGUCCACUGUUGAAGGUAAACGUCUAGGACAAAGUGUUACUGUUGAAAUUCAUGAUUUGGCAGCUACCUUGAAUUUAUUACCUGCAUUUGUUGUUAGUUUGUUCUUACGAAUGUUCUAUACUGUGUAA